AUGUCCUGGUUUCAGAAAUCCUUCACUCUCCCCUCGCGCAGCCGCGGCUCCUACCUGAUCACCGACCAGAUCGUGUCCGAGCUGCCCGAGCUGCGCGACUACAAGGUCGGCAUGCUCAAUCUGUUCGUGCAACACACCAGCUGUGCGCUCUCGCUCAACGAGAACUGGGACGACGAUGUGCGCGCUGACAUGAGUGAUGCGCUGGAUCGCAUUGCCCCCGCGGACCGGAAGGGCACGCUGUAUCGCCAUUCUGCUGAGGGCGAGGAUGAUAUGCCGGCCCAUAUCAAAUCCGCUCUUGUUGGCGCCUCCGUCAACAUCCCCAUCUCCAAUGGCCGUCUCGCUACCGGCACGUGGCAGGGAAUUUGGUAUCUCGAGUUCCGGACGAGUCGACACACUCGCAAGGUCGUGGCCACCAUCCAGGGGGAAAAGGCCUGA